UUGAAAUCACCACCACCAAAUUCCCACCACCACCACCACCACCACCGGCAAUCACCUCGUUAUGCCGCCGCCUCCAAAAUGAGAGAAGAGCAUGUCUUCCCCAAAUUUCUUCUUAUUCCACAUUGAAAUCGCCACCACCACCAAACCCCCAUCACCACCUCCGGCCAUCACCUCUUCCCGCCGGACCCACCCCUUUCCUUCUACAACAUGUCUCCUCCGCUCUUCUCGCCCCAGACACCUGUCCACCGCCAACUUCACCUCGUUGCCGCCUCCUAUUCCACCUCCCACUUUCACCAGAAUUUCAUUAUCUCCGCGUCGCCUACGGCGGCGAGGAGUUGUAGUGCUAUACUAUUUCGUCGAACAAUCGUGUGGCUGGGAAAAUGCGGGUUAAUCGACACGAGGUAUCUUCCGGUGCUGCAGUAAUUGAGCGUCGGGGUAUGCAUUUGUCGGAAGUGAGUUUGCAGGUGAUGGAGUUGAGAAAAAUUGACGAAGAGGAGAGGGGUAACCCGAUUCUGCUAUGGGGUGUAUUUUGCAGGGAGUGGUGGUGGUUGGGUGUCCCCCGCUGUGGACGGUGGUUGAGAACGGGGAUGGUAAAGUUUGAGAAAAUAUUCCGACGAGAUCUAAGGGGGCGGGCUGGUCCAAGGUAAGUUCGACGGGGGGCAGGCUUUUUCGGCCAAAUCUUCCGACGAAUUCUAAAGGUGGGGGUUUCGUUCGAAGUAGAUUCGAAAGGGGCAAGUGUUUUCCGGGCAAAUUAAACGGAAAACCUGGCCCAGCAGAAAGUAUCCAACGGCCACCACCAUCAUCAGCUGGAAAACACAAUUAACGGCGGCGGCGGCGACGACGGCCGUCAGCACGUGGAGGAGGUGAAAGUUAACGGGGGCGGCGAUGAUGGAGGAGAGGGGUUCAAGAGGGAGAUGAGGGAUUUGGAGGAAAUGCUCUCGAAAUUGAACCCCAUGGCGAAGGAAUUCGUGCCGCCGUCCAUGGCGACCGUGGUCUUCGGCGGUGGCCUCCACCAUGGGCUGAUGGUGGCGGCGCCGCCACCACAAGUGAAAGUGACCGGGGGAGAGGCUAGUGAAGAACGACUUCGUUUUGGUCCGAUUGAUGUUUAUUUCCAACCAAUCCGACCAUGUGUUUAAUGCCAUUUCGUAUAGACGAAGCUUCAUUUGUACCCGUUUGAAGGUUGCAUCGGAGCUCCCAAAUGAACCCCAUCUGAUAUAUUUACCCAAUCCGAAUUGAAAAGAGCAGUCUCAAAGCAGGGGAUCACAUCUAUUCAUGGCGUGCUGCUUAUAGUUAUUCUCACCAUGGCAUCUUCAUGGGCGGGGAUAGAGUCGUACAUUUCACAAGAGAUGGUGUGCUCUCGUCAAGUUUGGAAGACUUUCUGGACGGCACCAAACUGCGUCUAUACAGAUACGACUCAAAACCCGAAUCUGUAAUCGUAAAACUAAGAGGCACUUGUACAACCGCCGUCUCCGAUGAUGAAGCUACCGUGAUCUACAGAGCCAAUUACCUCCUCGAAAACGGAUUCGGGCGCUACAAUUUGCUCAAGAAAAACUGCGAGAAUUUUGCUACUUACUGCAAGACGGGGUUGCUUGUUGUGAAGGACGACGACGAGGAGGGUAUGGCAGGGCUGAGUGCACAGGUGGCGUCCGUGAAGUGCAAGGCCGUUGUUAUUACCGCAUUUGCUGUGCCCGUUAUUAUUAUGGGUGCCAUUGAGGGGGCCAGCCCGGCAGCGGCCUUUUCCGCCUUUGCAGCCGCUCAAUUAGCUGUACCGGCUACUUUUGCCAUUGUGGCCGGUGGGGUUGUGUUUUACUGUGUUAGGCGGUGUCGUGCAGACAUUGGCAUGAGAAAGGAUGUGAAGGAGGUUAGUGUGGAGGACCUUAAUAAAUAUAAAGAGGAGGCUGCUAUGGAAGUUGGUAACAUUACUUCUUCAAGAGAACUAGAUAAUCGUAAUUGGACGAUGACGACGACCAAGCCUAUGGAAAUUUGUAUACCUUCAACUUCUCUGCAACUUCUCACCCAGAUCAGCCAGCACUGUGUUCCGGGAGGUUAUUUCCCUUCCCGCUCUUCCUAUUUCAUAACAUUGUGGGGUUUGUUAUUUGUCAAAUAGUUACUACUACUCUAGUCCUUUUUUUUUAAUUGGGUUUGUUAUUUUUCAAAUAAGUUCUACUCUAGCUUGCUAUUUAAGGUUUGCAAUAUUUGUGUGUUUUCUUCUCUACUCCUAUAUAUACUGAAGUAAUUUGUAUUUGUUGAACAUGUUGGUGUUCAACAAUAUUUGUGUGUUUGCAA